UCUCUUAGUUCCGGGUAAAAAGCAGGACGAGUUGUUGUGGGACUGUGACUAUGGAAGAAUGAGCGACGAGCUGGAAUUAAAAACCAUUCAAGUUGUCAGUAACAACAAUAAUAUCGCCAGUGACGUUAGAGUUGAGCAGGUGUCUUCAGGAAAUGGAGCCCGCUCAGACAACGUCAACACGGCACAUGAAGUGUCUCCCCUUCUAUCAACACCACAGGUGGGCGACGCCAACAAUGCAGAGUGCAGUGAUGUUACUAUUGAAUCUGUAAAUUCAUCCAAACCACGGUGGAGGGAUGAACUGCAGAGGGUGAAGCGAGAGCUGAAUGAGGUGGCGGUGUGGAAACUCAAAAAGUGGAUGGUGAUUCUCAUCGUAUUACUUCUGAUUGCUUUGAUCAUUGCAGUCUCCUUCAUUGUGUGUGCAGCUGGUCAUGUCGAUGAGGACGAGACAUAUGACAGAUCAUCAUUUGUGGUGGAGCGCUUCUUCAGAGGGAACUUUACUCUUGCCAACAGUUUUAUUUCACACCCUGAAACUCAAGCAGAAGAAAGAGAGAAACUGCUAGAAGAACUGAAACAUCAGUUGACUACAGUCUACAAUUCUUCUUCUGCAUUGGCGCGGUACUUUUCAAGUGUUACCAUAAACAGUUUCAGUGAUGAUACAGCACAGUUUGAGCUGCAGUUCAUCAUCCCUUCAGAAAAUGAGCAGCUUGUACGCUACACUCUGAGUCGGGAGAUGGUGAAAAAUGUACUUUUCCAACACUUUUAUGAUCAGGACCCAGCUGGAAACUCUCUAUAUGUCAAACCAACGUCACUCACCAUGGAAGUUUGGACGAGAGGAACCUGAUGCAUUGAUGCAUAUAGAAAUUUCUCUUUUUUAGCAAAUAACAAUGUAAAGUUUUUGUAAGACUUCUAAGGUAUUAAAACAACGUUGUAGGAUCAGUCCCAAGUACAUUUUUAAAACACUAGUAAAACUUUUAAUGCUUUUUGUACAAUGUACAGUUUGUAUACAGUUUAAGAGGUUUUGGUGUAUCUAUAUUUAAUAGAUUUUUACUGUUCCCUUAUAUGAACUUUUAUAUAUUUUCUCUUGUGAAAUUGAAAUAAACUGGACAAUUUUCUUUCACACUUUGGAGAUAAUGGAUGAUAGAUGUUCAUGUUUUUUCAUCUGUAAAAUCAAUUACAAGAACUAGCAUCUUACAUGCAGAUAAUUAAAAAUCCAGCCCUUUUGGCUAAAACUUGUUAUAGUGAAAGUUUUUUACUGUAAUGAUUCUCUUAACAAAACAAGUUUUUUUUACAUUAUUUAAAUACUUUAAUAUUUUAAUGUUAAGGUGUUAAAAGUGGGUUGCCAAGUGCUAUGCAUUGCAUUAGUUAGUUUUUAGUACAGUAUGUUGCUAUGCAGUUGCUAUGAUGUUUGCCUGAUGAUUGUCUUGGUGUGCUGGAUGAGUUGUAAGGUGAUGGCUUAAAACAAACCCCACUUCUGUGAUAUACUGGUGUCUAAAUAUGGCUCAAUCCUGUGAUUUUUGCUGUAUGCAUCUCUUUAGAAACUCAAAACAGGAUUUAGGUAAGGGAACUAUUUUGCAUAAACAAUGGAAAUAGACUAAACUUUACUCACAUGUGUCAUUGUCCAAUUGUUUGGGGUGAAUGUUCAUGCACAAACUCUGAAUUAAAAUUAAAAACAUUAAUUGAA